AUGCAGGAAGCUGUAAGCCAAAUUAAAAAUAUGUGUUUAGACGAUGUAACAGGAGAAUAUGUUUCAAAAACAGAACUAAAAAAACGGAUAAAACGAAGAGAAAAAGAAGCAAAACGGGAUGCAAAAACAGUGCAAGAAGUUUCAUCAGAAUGUACACGAACAAAUGUUUCUAAAAUUAGUGAAGAUUUAACACCAAAUCAAUAUUUUGAAUUACGUUCACGAGCUAUCAAUGCACUACGGGAAUCUAAAGAUCCAAAUCCAUAUCCUCAUAAAUUUUAUGUUAAUAUUGAGCUAUCGGAAUUCAUUAAAACCUAUAGUUCUUUGAAACGUGGAGAAGUUAAUAGAGAUGUUGUUGUCCAUGUUUCAGGAAGGAUCAAAAAUAAACGAGAAUCAGGCUCAAAACUGCGUUUUUAUGAUCUUUAUUCUGAUGGAGUAAAAAUUCAGAUUAUGGCACAAGCACAAGAUUGUGACAAAGAUUAUUUAAAAAUGCAUGAGCAUAUUCAAAGAGGCGAUAUUGUAGGUGUGAUUGGGUAUCCAGGACGUACAACACCUAAAGGCAAAGGAAAAGACGAAGGAGAAGGUGGAGAAUUAAGCGUAUUUUGCAAAGAAAUUAUCCUUCUUAGCCCUUGUCUUCGUAUGCUACCAAUGGAACGCCAUGGUUUAACGAAUCAAGAAACAAGAUAUCGACAAAGAUAUCUUGAUCUUAUUGUUAAUAAAAGCACACGUGAUAAAUUUAUCUUAAGAUCUAAAGUGAUUCAACAUGUUAGAGGAUUUUUAGAUUCACUUGGUUUUCUAGAGGUAGUUGAGACUCCUAUGAUGAAUUUAAUUGCAGGUGGAGCAAGUGCUAAACCUUUUAUUACUCAUCAUAAUGAACUUGAUCUUAAUCUUUAUUUAAGAGUCGCUCCAGAGUUAUAUUUAAAAAUGUUAGUUGUUGGUGGAUUGAAUCGAGUAUAUGAAAUUGGGAAGCAAUUUAGAAAUGAAGGCAUUGAUCUUACACAUAAUCCUGAGUUUACAAGUUGUGAAUUUUAUUGUGCUUACGCUGAUAUGUAUGAUUUAAUGGACAUGACUGAAGAAAUGUUGUCAAGUAUGGUUUAUAAAUUAACAGGUGGCUACAAAAUCAACUAUCAUCCUAAUGGUCCUGAAGGAGAGGAACUUUGCAUUGAUCUCUCAAGGCCAUGGAAUCGGAUAGAAAUUAUUCCGUGUCUUGAAGAGAAACUUAACGUUGUUUUUCCCCCUGGUGAUCAAUUGCAUACAGAAGAAACUAAUAAAUUUCUUAAAGAUUUAUGUGAAAAAAAUAAUAUUGAAUGUCCUCCACCUACAACUAAUUCUAGAUUACUCGAUAAGCUUAUUGGCGAAUUUUUGGAGCCUCUGUGUCUUAGUCCAACAUUCUUAAUAGGUCAUCCUCAAGUUAUGUCUCCUUUAGCAAAGUACCAUAGAUCUAAACCAGGGUUAUGCGAAAGAUUUGAAGUUUUUAUGGCCUAUAAAGAGAUUGUAAAUGCUUAUACUGAAUUGAAUGAUCCUGUUGAACAACGUAUGAGAUUUGAAGAACAAGCUAGACAAAAAGAUCAGGGAGAUGAUGAAGUUCAAAUGAUUGAUGAAAAUUUUUGCACCGCAUUAGAGUAUGGUUUACCACCUACUGGAGGAUGGGGAAUGGGCAUAGACCGAUUAGUAAUGUUUCUGACGGAUUCAAGCAACAUUAAAGAAGUCUUGUUGUUCCCUACCAUGAAACCAGAUACCGUGGAAAACUAA